GGACUGAUGGUGACUCAACGUUGUCGCCAGCAAAUGUCGCGACCAGUCAUCAAAAGUCAACUCCGCCUUGACGUGAGAGACCGGUGGUGAGCGUUCCUCAGCUAGGGUCAGGGUUGAUGAGGGCUGCGGGAUUCAUUCCUGCCUAUUUGUACGAGAUUUAGAUGAUCUACCGUAGUUUGUUUUCAGAUCAUUUGAAGAAGGUUCGUUCCUGGAGUCUGGCAGCGAGGCAAGUCAAUGUGAAGACAGGUAAAUUAGCUACUAGCAAACGUUGGCUAUCUAGGGAAGCUAACGUUAGCUAGCUCGCAUUUUCAGCUAGCCAGCCUGGUAGUGAGAUGGCUAACUAAUUAACUAGCUACAGCCAGUAUUAUUUGUUUACACGAUUAGCUACCAGCAAUUAGUUAAUAUUAGCUGAUAUGUAGUUAAAUGACAAUAGUAAACGGCAAGGUGUCUGUUUACAUAGCUAUCUAACGCGUUAGCUACGCUAGUCAAGGAUCCGCAAAGCGCAAACUAUCUCACACAUAACUAGCCAGUUAGUUAAAAACAUUAACGUAGAUUGCAAAGCAGCUGGUGUGUAACGUUAGCUACUGUCGCACUAGUGGCUAACUCGCCUUUCCAGCAAACUGUCGCAUCUUUUAGCAGCAUGAUGGUUAAAUGUGGGUGGGAGAGUCGUGGGACAUUCGGCACAGGCCAGCCAGCUACAAUGUGUUGCGGCAGUGAUGCCCUUGCUCUGGUUUUUCCACCAUCACCUCCAGUGAUUUAAUCACAGCUGUGUGUGUGUGUGUGUGUGUGUGUGUGUGUAGCAGCCAAUUACGGGUAUGUUGGUAUAAAGAAGUUCUUAUUAGGUAGCUAGCAGGCACAAUAUUUCGUCAGAAAAUGACACAGAACUCCGAUGUCCUGGUGUGGUCUGUCCUCGGGUUAUCCUCCGGUCGAAUUUUGUCAUUGGCAUCACAGUGAGGGGUAAUGCUCAGACAGCUCAGCCAUACUUCAGUUCACAUAGAGCCGUGAUACUACUGAGUCAGGGUGUACGUCCCAAAUAGCAUCCUAUUCCCUAUUUAGUGCACUAUUUUUAACCAGAGCCCACAGAGCUCUGGACAAAAGUAGUGCACUAUAUAGGGAAUGAGGUGCCAUUUGGGAUGUGCACAAACACUGCUCUGCUGCAUACAGUAUUUUGCCAUGUGGUGAUUGCGUGCUCUGGACGCAUGAGUGGAUAUCUGACACACAGAACAACCUAUUUCUGUUCUCAUGGGUCACUUGUUUUGUUUUCUGGAAGAUUUUCCGUGUAGGCUAAUGUUUCCAAUAUUUACACUACCAGAAAAUUAGGCUAGUGAUUGGAUUGACAUUAAGUACUGUAGAUAGUGCAUGUACAGUGCCUUCAGAAAGUAUUCACACCCCUUGACUUUUUCCACAUGUUGUUGUGUUACAGCCUGAAUUAAAAAUUGAUUAAAUUGAGAUUUUGUGGCACUGGCAUACACACAUAAUGGCAGUCGAAUUAUGUUUUUUAAAAGCUGAAAUGUCUUGAGUCAGUUUUCAAACCCUUUGUUAUGACAAGCCUAAAUAAGUUCAGGAGUAAAAAUGUGCUUAACAAGUCACAUAAGUUGCAUGGACUCACUCUGUGUUCAAUAGUAGUGUUUAACAUGCUUUUUGAAUGACUUCCUCAUCUCUGUACCCCACACAUGCAAUUAUCUGUAAGGUCCCUCAGUCGAGCAGUGAAUUUCAAACACCGAUUCAACCACAAAGACCAGGGAGGUUUUCCAAUGCCUUGCAAAGAAGGGCACCUAUUGGUAGAUGGGUAAAAAAACAAAACAGAUAUUGAAUAUCCCUUUGAGCAUGGUGAAGUUAUUAAUUACACUUUGGAUGGUGUAUCAAUACACCCAUCCACUACAAAGAUACAGGCGUCCUUCCUAACUCAGUUGCCGGAGAGGAAGGAAACCGCUCAGGGAUUUCACCAUGAGGCCAAUGGUGACUUUAAAACAGUUACUGAGUUUAAUGGCUGUGAUAGGAGAAAACUGAGGAUGGAUCAACGACAUUGUAUUUACUCCACAAUACUAACCUAAUUGACAGCGUGAAAAGAAGGAAGCCUGUACAGAAUAAAAACAUCUUCCAAAACAUGCCUCCUGUUUGCAUUAAGGCACUAAAGGAAUACUGCAAAAAAUGUGGCAAAGCAAUUCACUUUUUUGUCCUGAAUACAAAGUGUUAUUUUUGGGGCAAAUCCAAUAUGACACAUUACUGAGUACCACACUUCAUAUUUUCAAACAUAGUAGUGGCUGCAUUAUGUUAUGGGUAUGCUUGUCAUCGACAAGGACUAGGGAUUUUUUUUUUUUUUUUUUUAGAAUAAAUAGAAAUGGAAUAGAGCUAAGCAAAGGCAAAAUCCUAGAGGAAAACUUGGUUCAGUCUGCUUUCUAACAGACACUGGGGGACAAAUUCACCUUUCAGCAGGACAAUAACCUAAAACACGAGGCCAAAUAUACACUGGAGUUGCUCACCAAGACGAUAUUGAAUGUUCCUGAGUGGCCUGGUUACAGUUUUGACUUAAAUUGGCUUGAAAAUCUAUGGCAAGACUUGAAAAUGGCUGUCUAGCAAUGAUCAACAACCAACUUGACAGAACUUGAAGAAUUAAAAAAAAAUAAUGUGCAAGUAUUGUACAAUCCAGGUGUGCAAAGCUCUUAGAGACUUACCCAGAAAGACUCACAGCUGUAAUUGCUACCAAAGGGGAUUCAGGGGGGUGAAUACUUAUGUAAAUGAGAUAUUUUUGUAUUUCAUUAUCAAUAAAUGUGUAAGAGCGUGUUUUGACUUUGUCAUUAUGGGGUAUUGUGUAGGUGUGUGAAAAAUAAUAUUUUAUCCGUUUUGAAUUCAGGCUGUAACGUAACAAAAUGUGGAAUAAGUCAGGGGGGUAUGAAGACUUUUUGAAGGCACUGUACGCGGCUAACAAAGCCGCAAACAGUAUCUCUGUAUUCAAUCUCUACUGAAAUGUACAGCGUUACAGUAUACCAUGUUCUCUCUACUGAAAUGUACAGUGUUACAGUAGUCUAGCUCUACUGAAAUGUACAGCGUUACAGUAUACAGUAGUCUAUCUCUACUGAAACCUUGCUCCUGUAUGUUUACUGAAUGUGCCACUAUUUGCUCACAGUCGUACCUCUUCUUCUUCUUCUUCUUCUUCUUCUUCUUCCCUUUCUGCCCACAGCAUGCGGUGAUGGUGAGGCAGCCUGAGUCUGUAAAAUGAAGAGCCCGGUGCACAGGUGUGUUUGUGUGACUGCAGGGGCCUGAGUGCGUGUGGGUCUUUCUAGAAACUAGCGUACCAGUGAGGAUUUCCUACACUGGACAACUUGUUACAGCUGUUGAUCAGCCAUUGAUAAUAAUCUGCCAAUUGUUUUCAUGUCGUUUACAUUAAGAUAUAAGUGGGGAUCAUAGCUAUAUUCAAUCAAAUUAAUGAGUUGAUUAAUAACCCUUUAUCAUGGUUGGUGUGUUGAUGGAUUUGUCCAUAAUCGUGUGACAUAAAACAUUACUUUUCUGUCCUUGCAUUUAUGGCAGUGUAAGGUUGUCGUUAUAACAUAUAUUAAGGAUUAACCAGUUAAAUUAGACAUUGAACUUGAACCCUGUAAGAAUCCAGGAUCUAGCUGUUGGGCUUUUUUUUUUUUUUUUUGUAUAGAGAUCUCAGAAAUGCAGUUUAACUAAGUAACAUGUAGUGUCUCCUUGUGUUACGGGCUGAAAACAGUUUUCAUGGGCACACAAAUCCAAAAUUAUGUAUGCGGUUGCAAAAUCGAAUGCUUCUAACCAAAAGAGUCACCUUACCUUGAUACUUAAAACCUAAAUUGAUACUGUCAUUAACGUUGUUCUUCAAUAAUUAUGCAUAAUACUUGUCGGUAAGUUUUCACACGUCAUCUGAUCCAGGAAGGAAUUUUCCGAAUGACCAGUCAAGUGAGGAACAGCUGUUGUGAUAGAGCAUGCGAUGUGUGGGACCUACUGUGCGCAAUUGUGUGGGAUGGACUAUUGCGCCCACAUCCAACACUAUUCCUAUGAAUUAUUCUGGAUAUUCACAUGACACAGCCUAGUGGGCUUCUUCACAAUAUGAUCUGGUAAUGAAAUAACAUGACAAAUACGUUUUGGUUUCCAUGUUACACCUGCAAUGUUAAACAAUACUAGGGGCUUGAAGUAGCCUACUUGGAACUUGGAGCUCAGAAAUGUGAUUUAUGGAAUAGGCCUUGCCUUUAAAAUCAGACAUUUCCUCAAUUUGGUGCUUGAAAAGUCCUUGUAAUUAUUGUAGCCAAUUUUAUAAGUUCUCCUGCUCCUUUAUAAUUAUCCCUGAUUUCAUUUUUGAUCCGUUUUUUUGUGUGAGAUGUGACCACUGUUUGUUUCCCACCUCUUCAAUGGAAGGGUGUUGCGGUAAAACCAUGUGGUUAUUAUGAGGGCCACAACAUCUGUUGGCUUCAGCUUGGCAUUCCAUACAAAUCCUUCCAUUUAAAAAAAGGAACCUGUUCUAAUGGUUAAAAACAGCGAUGGUGAGAUUCAAAUGGUGAGAUUUAAUGGUACCGCUAUUCAUGGCUUUAUUAUGUGUGGCUACGUCAGCCACACAGUCUACAGAAAAAUCACCAUGCAGCCAGUCUAUUUAGUCAGGCAAUGUCCACCUUAUUCUCACAUAGUCAAAUUAUUAUAAAAUAUAAACGCAAAACAAUUCAUACUUUUUAGUGGUAAUGGUCAACAACAAAAAAAAAUCUAUAUUUUUGUACAAUUUAUAUAAGUUAUACAAUUGUAUAACAUUGAGGUCCUUGAAAAUUACAAUGAAGUGCUUUUAAGAAGUCCUUGAAUUUGACUUGCUGAUGUCUUAAUGAACCCUGUUUAAAGGAUGUGUAGUCCUAGGGGUAUGUUGUUCUGUAGGUGGAGUUAUGGGACAAUUAGCAUAUAUUAACUUUUAUUCCUCUAAGUACACAUGUGGAACUGCAUUAAAACCCUUUAUUUUUAUUUUAGUUUCAAACCAUUUAGACGUUUUAAUCCCGAGGCCACACAUUAGCCCCGUUUUACUUCUAGAAAGGACCCAUCUAUUUGGUACAGCAGAAGACAUUUCCAUCUGGUAUGAGUUAAUAACAUGUUGUUCUUCAGGUGUAGGGACGUGGAGAGCCAGGCUGCCUGCCUGCAGACUGAGCAGCAGUAUAUCCCGGUCUCCCAGCACACCUCCAGCAGCAUGUGGUUUAUCAGGUAGUUAUAUUUACAUUUUAGUCCUUUUUAGCAGAUGCUCUUAUCCAGAGCGAUUUUAUAGUAGUGAGUGCAUACUUUUUCGUACUGGUCCCCCGUGGGACUCGAACCCACAACCCUGGCGUUGCUCUACCAACUGAGGCACACGGGGAACCAAAGGUGUCCAUGUGGUUCGAACACGCAACGUUUUGGGUUGCUAGACCUUCGCGUCAGCAUGCAUUUGAAUGGGCAUCUGUUAGGGGUUGCUCAAUUUUCCCAAAAUUGCCAAUUUUUCCCAUAAAUCCCGGUUGGAGGAUUCCUGAAUUUCCUGCUUAUUUCAACCUAAUUCCAGGAAUCUUCCAGAAAACCUGGGAAUUUUGGCUAUAAAAAAAAAAAAAAAAAAUAUAUAUAUAUAUAUAUAUAUAUAUAUAUAUAUAUAUAUAUACUGCUCAAAAAAAUAAAGGGAACACUUAAACAACACAAUGUAACUCCAAGUCAAUCACACUUCUGUGAAAUUAAACUGUCCACUUAGCAAGCAACACUGAUUGACAAUACAUUUAACAUGCUGUUGUGCAAAUGGAAUAGACAACAGGUGGAAAUUAUAGACAAUUAGCAAGACACCCCCAAUAAAGGACUGGUUUUGGAGGUGGUGACCACAGACCACUUCUCAGUUCCUAUGCUUCCUGGCUGAUGUUUUGGUCACUUUUGAAUGCUGGCGGUGCAUUCACUCUAUAACCCGGAGUCUACAACCCACACAAGUGGCUCAGGUAGUGCAGCUCAUCCAGGAUGGCACAUCAAUGCGAGCUGUGGCAAGAAGGUUUGCUGUGUCUGUCAGCGUAGUGUCCAGAGCAUGGAGGCGCUACCAGGAGACAGGCCAGUACAUCAGGAGAUGUGGAGGAGGCCGUAGGAGGGCAACAACCCAGCAGCAGGACUGCUACCUCCGCCUUUGUGCAAGGAGGAGCAGGAGGAGCACUGCCAGACAGAGCCCUGCAAAAUGACCUCCAGCAGGCCACAAAUGUGCAUGUGUCUGCUCAAACAGUCAGAAACAGACUCCAUGAGGGUGGUAUGAGGGCCCGACGUCCACAGGUGGGGGUUGUGCUUACAGCCCAACACUGUGCAGGACGUUUGGCAUUUGCCAGAGAACACCAAGAUUGGCAAAUUCGUCAUUGGCGCCCUGUGCUCUUCACAGAUGAAAGCAGGUUCACAAUGAGCACGUGACAGACGUGACAGAGUCUGGAGACGCCGUGGAGAACAUUCUGCUGCCUGCAACAUCCUCCAGCAUGACCGGUUUGGCGGUGGGUCAGUCAUGGUGUGGGGUGGCAUUUAUUUGGGGGGCCGCACAGCCCUCCAUGUGCUCGCCAGAGGUAGCCUGACUGCCAUUAGGUACUGAGAUGAGAUCCUCAGACCCCUUGUGAGACCAUAUGCUGGUGCGGUUGGCCCUGGGUUCCUCCUAAUGCAAGACAAUGCUAGACCUCAUGUGGCUGGAGUGUGUCAGCAGUUCCUGCAAGAGGAAGGCAUUGAUGCUAUGGACUUGGCCCGCCCGUUCCCCAGACCUGAAUCCAAUUGAGCACAUCUGGGACAUCAUGUCUUGCUCCAUCCACCAACGCCACGUUGCACCACAGACUGUCCAGGAGUUGGCGGAUGCUUUAGUCCAGGUCUGGGAGGAGAUCCCUCAGGAGACCAUCCGCCACCUCAUCAGGAGCAUGCCCAGGCGUUGUAGGGAGGUCAUACAGGCACGUGGAGGCCACACACACUACUGAGCCUCAUUUUGACUUGUUUUAAGGACAUUACAUCAAAGUUGGAUCAGCCUGUAGUGUGGUUUUCCACUUUAAUUUUAAGGGUGACUCCAAAUCCAGACCUCCAUGGGUUGAUACAUUUGAUUUCCAUUGAUAAUUUUUGUGUGAUUUUGUUGUCAGCACAUUCAACUAUGUAAAAGAAAAAAGUAUUUAAUAAGAUUAUUUCAUUCAUUCAGAUCUAGGAUGUGUUAUUUUAGUGUUCCCUUUAUUUUUUGGAGCAGUGUAUCAUUUUUCAACCCUAAGCCUAGUCUUUGUAAUGGGAGGUCAUGGUAGAUCACUGGAUUACUGACCUGGUCUAGUCUAGACCUACAGUGAGGAGGAAAUAAGUAUUUGAUCCCCUGCUGAUUUUGUACUUAUUUCCCUCAUUUAAAAUGCAAAUCAAUUCAUAACAUUUUUGACAUGCGUUUUUCAGGAAUUUUGUUGUUGUUAUUCUGUCUCUCACUGUUCAAAUAAACCUACCAUUAAAAUGAUAGACUGAACAUUUCUUUGUCAGUGGGCAAACGUACAAAAUCAGCAGGGGAUCAAAUACUUUUUCCCCCUCACUGUCUGUAUUUUCCAGUUGUAUUGAAUGUGAAGUGCCCUUUUGAAGUGCUCAGUGCACAGCACGUCUUGCCCAGGCUGUCUAUUCUAGCUGCCCACCUGGUGAUAACGAACACCACAGUGGAAAUGAGUCGGCUGACUUCAUUAAACAUAAUGACGUAUGUAUUUGAAUGUAUGCAUUUUUUAAAAAAAACUCAAAUAGCUGAGGCAACACUGUGUUUUUUUCCAAUGUGUCUUAAUACAAUUAUUUCAUCCAUUCAUUCAGGGACGCGUGUGGCAUCGUGUGUGGGGUCAUCACCUGGAUGUUGGUGUUCUAUGCUGAAUUUGUAGUGCUCUUCGUCAUGCUGCUGCCUUCUAAAAACCUGACCUAUAGCUUAGUCAACGGCACUGUGUUCAAUACUCUGGCCUUCCUGGCUCUCGCCUCUCACUUCCGGGCCAUGUGCACCGACCCUGUGAGUUGAAACUGAACACACUAUGCACUGCUCUGACUGUACACUUUACACACGGCACAGCUCCCUAAACUUUAACUCGGGGCUCUGUAAACUUUUUUUAUUUUUAUUUUUUAUUUCACCUUUAUUUAACCAGGUAAGCCAGUUGAGAACAAGUUCUCAUUUACAACUGCGACCUGGCCAAGAUAAAGCAAAGCAGUGCGAUUUAAAAAACAACAACACAGAGUUACAUAUGGGGUAAAACAAAGGAGAAGCGGGGGGGGGGCAUGGGCAAGUUGCAGCGGAGGGUGCAGAGCUGGUGGCCGGGGUAGUGGUAGCCAGGUGGAAAGCAUGGCCAGCCGUAGCAAAAUGCUUGUUGAAAUUCUCGAUUAUUGUAGAUUUAUCGGUGGUGAUAGUGUUUCCUAGCCUCAGUGCAGUGGGCAGCUGGGAGGAAGUGCUCUUAUUCUCCAUGGACCUUACAGUGUCCCAAAACUUUUUGGAGUUAGUGCUACAGGAUGCAAAUUUCUGUUUGAAAAAGUUAGCCUUUGCUUUCCUGACUGCUUGUGUAUAUUGGUUCCUAACUUCCCUGAAAAGUUUUAUAUCGCGGGGGCUAUUUGAUGCUAAUGCAGUACGCCACAUGAUGUUUUUGUGCUGGUCAAGGGCAGUCAAGUCUGAGGAGAACCAGGGGCUAUAUCUGUUCUUAGUUCUGUAUUUUUUUAAUGGGGCAUGUUUAUUUAAGAUUAAGAGGAAAUUACUUUUAAAGAACAACCAGGCAUCCUCUACUGACGGAAUGAGAUCUAUAUCCAUCCAGGAUACCUGGGCCAGGUCAAUUAGGAAGGCCUGCUCGCUAAAGUGUUUUAGCGAGCGUUUGACAGUGAUGAGGGGUGGUCAUUUGACCGCGGACCCGUUACGGACGCAGGCAAUAAGGCAGUGAGCGCUGAGAUCCUGGUUGAAGACAGCGGAGGUGUAUUUAGAGGGUAAGUUAGUCAGGAUGAUAUCUAUGAGGGUACCCAUGUUUACGGAUUUAGGGUUGUACCUGGUAGGUUCGUUGAUAAUUUGUGUGAGAUUGAGGGCAUCUAGUUUAGAUUGUAGGAUGGCCGGGGUGUUAAGCAUAUCCCAAUUUAGGUCACCAAGCAGUACGAACUCUGAGGAUAAAUGGGGGGCAAUCAAUUCACAUAUGGUGUCCAGGGCACAGCUGAGGGCUGAGGGGGGUCUGUAGCAAGCGGCAACAGUGAUAGACUUAUUUCUGGAAAGGUGGAUUUUUAGAAGUAGAAGCUCAAACUGUUUGGGCACAGACCUGGAUAGUAUGAUAGAGCUCUGCAGGCUAUCUCUACAGUAGAUUGCAACUCCACCCCCUUUGGCAGUUCUAUCUAGACGGAAAAUGUUAUAGUUGGGGAUGGACAUUUCAGAAUUUUUGGUGUCCUUCCUAAGCCAGGAUUCAGACACUGCUAGAACAUCAGGGUUGGCGGAGUGUGCUAACGCAGUGAAUAACUCAAACUUAGGAAGUAGACUUCUGAUAUUAACAUGCAAGAAACCAAGGCUUUUGCGAUUACAGAAGUCAACAAAUGAUAGCGCCUGGGGAGUAGGAGUGAUACUGAGGGCUGCAGGGCCUGGGUUAGCCUCUACAUCACCAGAGGAACAGAGGAGGACUAGAAUAAGGAUACGGCUAAAGGCUUUAAGAACUGGUCUUCUAGUGCGUUGGGUACAUAGAAUAAAGUGGGGCAGAUUUCCGGCCGUUGUAGAAAAGAUUCAGGGCAUUAUGUACAGACAAGGAUAUGGAAGGAUAUGAGUAAAGUGGAGGUAAACCUAAGCAUUGGGUAACAAUGAAAGAGAUAGCAUCACUGGAGGCACCGAUUGAGUCGGUCUCCGCGUGUAUGGGGGGUGGGACAAAGGAGCUAUCUAAGGCAGGUUUAGCUGGGCUGGGGGAUCUACAGUGAAAUAGUACAAUUAGAAAUAACCUAAACAGCAAUAAGCAAACCAUAUUGACAUGGGAGAGAGGCGUAAAGCAAUCGCAGGUGUAACUUGAGAGAGCUAAGACAACAGCUGGUAAUGGUGACACAGUUUGGGCUGAGGCUAAACAUAAACAGGAUGCAGUACCGUAAAAAGGAACAGUCCAGCAGGCAUCAGCUGUAUAGCUGAGUUAUCAUAAGGUCUGGUGAACAGCAAUAGGAUAGUUCGGAGGUAGUUCGGGGGCUGCUAAAGCACUAGCGAGCAAGAGGGUACGGCUAGCGUGUGCUAGCGGGCCGGGGCUAGCAGAUGGAAUCUUCGUGGUCGACGUCGUAACGGGAAGCCUGUUGUAACCACAUCAGACGAUUUUGUCGGCAGACCAGUCGUGUAGGAUCGGCGGGGCUCCGUGUCAACACUAGGUGGUCCCGUCCGGUUGACAGAGAGGUAGAUAGCCGGGAGACGGGCCUAGCUCAGGAUGAUUAGCCAAACCACAACGUCCAUUUUGUUGCAGCUAGCUGGUAGCGAUGAAUCCAGAGUUAAAGGUCCAGUGAUUCCGGCAGAAAAACUGAUAUGUUCUGGGUCGAUAACGCGCUGUGCAGACAGUGCAGACUGGCCGAAUAAUAGUCCAGGCUAGAGCUGGCUGGUAGGUGGUGCAGGCCACGGACAAUGGUGAAAAACCGCUAACGGCAAGUACUCGGUGCUCUGUAAACUUUGACUCGGGGCUCUGUAAACUUUGACCUGGGGCUCUGUAAACUUUGACCUGGGGCUCUAUAAACUUUGACUCGGGGCUCUGUAAACUUUGACCUGGGGCUCUGUAAACUUGGUGUUAUCUGGGUUUGGGUUGUAUUCAGUUGGGCACCACACCGUACAUAGCAAAACGUUUUGAAACAGGAAAAGGAGCGUUUUGUUGUUAUUGUUGUGUACCUAACUGAACACGACCUUACUCACAUAUAUCAAGUUGUUAUUGUCAAGUGCACUAGUACUGUGAAAUGCAUUUCUUGCUGGCUCUAUUCCAACAAUGCAUCGGGCAUCUGAGCAUGUGUAAUAGAAUUCCACCUUGUUUCUAUAUUGUCCUUUCCUUGUUAGAAGGCUCUGCGGAGGUCGUAGCGGGACUUCUUCUACUUGUUCGUGUCCUCAUCCUUAGCUUCGGGGUUGGCUGCGGUAGCCCCGUCCUUUAUCUUAGCGCCAACCUCUUUGUUAAUCCAGGAUUUUUGAUUGGGGAAGCAGCAAACCUUCACUGUGGGGACAAUGUUGGCGAUGCCUUACCUAAUUAAAGCUGGUGCCAGAGGUGGUUAGCUCGUCGACGCUAUCGGUGGAGUCCCGGAACAUAUUCCAGUCAGCGUUAGCAAAGCAGUCUUGUAGCAUAGCCCCCGAAACAGAGGACCGUUUCUCAAGGGAGCGAGUUACGGGUACUUCCUGUUUGAGCUCCUGCUUCUAAAUAAGAAGCAGAGUCACGAUCUGAUUUGUUGAAGGGGGAACGAAGGAGGGCCUUGUAUGUUUGCUUGUGGGUAGAGUAACAGUGGUCUAGGACUUUAUCGCCCCUAGUGGCCAAGGAGAUGUGUUGAUGGAAUAUUACAGUCAGCACACCAUUUGUUGUUGAUGAAGAGGCUUACCCCUUCCCAUCUGGAUUUCCCUGAAUCCAAUGUCCUGUCCACUUGGUGGAUGGCGAAUCCAUCGAGUUGGAUAGCCAUGGGGGGGUAUCUUGUCCGAAAGCCAUGUUUCAGAAAAGCCCAGAAUAUUGUGGUUACGAGAGUCCCGUUGAUAGCAAAUCCGCUAUCGGAGGUCAGAGGUGGCCGGUUUUCUAUUCGCCUUAAUCUCGCCAGCACUCCCCACUCCUGCCUCUUUUUCGCCGGCUUUUCCUCUUGGAUAGCCCAAAUAUUGGGUCGGAAUUACACAAAGAGCCCAGGGCAGAUGAGUCGAUGUUGAAGCUGGAGUUGAGGUUAGUAACUGCCGAUCUGAGGUUCAGAAGUUCUUGUCGAUCAUAAGUAAAGAUAAUCGCUAAAGAUUCACAAAUGAGCAAAGUUGGGUCAGAGCUCGCAAGACAGCAGCCAUACAGUAAAACACCAUCUUCAACUGAAAGCACGUCACUGAUAUUCUAUAACAAUGCCUGACCACUGCAACAGUAGGCCCCAUUUGUUGUGCCAACAGGUGACUCGUGAUAAGCCAUCAUGUCCUCAUUCCUAUUGCUCUGUAUGUCCUACAGGGAGCUGUGCCAAAAGGGAAUGCCACUAAAGAGUACAUCGAGAGUCUUCAGCUGAAGCCGGGACAGGUGGUCUACAAGUGUCCCAAAUGCUGCAGCAUCAAGCCUGACCGGGCACACCACUGUAGGUAGGAUGACCGGGCACACCACUGUAGGUAGGAUGACCGGGCACACCACUGUAGGUAGGAUGACCCAGCACACCACUGUAGGUAGGAUGACCCGGCACACCACUGUAGGUAGGAUGACCCGGCACACCACUGUAGGUAGGAUGACCCAGCACACCACUGUAGGUAGGAUGACCCAGCACACCACUGUAGGUUGGUAGGAUGACCCGGCACACCACUGUAGGUAGGAUGACCCGGCACACCACUGUAGGUAGGAUGACCCAGCACACCACUGUAGGUUGGUAGGAUGACCCGGCACACCACUGUAGGUAGGAUGACCCGGCACACCACUGUAGGUUGGUAGGAUUACCCGGCACACCACUGUAGGUAGGAUGACCCGGCACACCACUGUAGGUAGGAUGACCCAGCACACCACUGUAGGUAGGAUGACCGGGCACACCACUGUAGGUAGGAUGACCGGGCACACCACUGUAGGUAGGAUGACCGGGCACACCACUGUAGGUAGGAUGACCCGGACAACCACUGUAGGUAGGAUGACCCGGCACACCACUGUAGGUAGGAUGACCCGGCACACCACUGUAGGUAGGAUGACCCGGCACACCACUGUAGGUAGGAUGACCCGGCACACCACUGUAGGUAGGAUGACCCGGCACACCACUGUAGGUAGGAUGACCCGGCACACCACUGUAGGUAGGAUGACCCGCACACCACUGUAGGUAGGAUGACCGGCACCACCACUGUAGGUAGGAUGACCCGGCACACCACUGUAGGUAGGAUGACCGGCACACCACUGUAGGUAGGAUGACCCGGCACACCACUGUAGGUAGGUAGGAUGACCCGCACACGGGUACAGUAGUUCUGUGGUCAAAUGGCACUGUGUACCAGUAGUUAGUGUGGUCUGGUCACUGGCACUGUGUACAGUAGUUCGUUGGUCAACUGGCACUGUGGUACAGUAGUUCUGUUGGUCACUGCACUGUGUACAGUUAGUUCGUUGGUCACAGCACUGAUACAGUAAGUUCUGUUGGUCACUGACACGGACAGUAGUUCUGUUGGGUCACUGUGUACAGUUAGUGUAUCUGUUGUCACUGUGUGCAGUAGUUUGUUGGUCCUGGCCACUGAUGUAACAGUGUUCUGUUGAGUUCACUAGUGUACAGUAGUUCUGUGGGUCACUGGGUACAGUCGUUCUGUGGUCAUGUGCACUGUGUACAGUAGUUCUGUUGGUUAAUGUGUACAGUAGUUCUGUUUGGUUACUGUGUACAGUAGUUUGUUGGUUAUGUUGUAAAGUGUUCUGUUGGGUAUGUGUACAGUAGUUCUGUUGUGGUCACUGUGUACAGUAGUUCUGUUGGUCACUGGCACUGUGUACAGUAGUUCUGUUGGUACUUGUGUACAGUAGUGCUGUGGUCAAUGGCACUGUGUACAGUAGUUUGUUGGAUACUGCACUGUGUACAGUAGUUCUGUUGGUCAACUGUGUUACAGUAGUCGUUCUGUUGGGUACUGUGUACAGUAGUUUGGUGGCACUGGUUACAGGAGUCUGUUGGUCAAUGCACGGUGUGCAGUAGUUAUGUUGGUACUGCACUGUGGUGCAGUAGUUUUGUUGGUCACUGCACUGUGUACAGUAGUUCGUUGGUCACUGGACUGUGUACAGUAGUAUGUGGUCACUGUGUACAGGAGUUCUGUGGGGUCAAUGGCACUGUGUACAGUGUUCUGUGGGUACUGUGGACAGUAGUUAUGUUGGUAUGUGACAGUAGUUAUGUUGGUCACUGUGUUACAAGUAGUUCUGUUGGUCACUAGGCACGUGUACAGUAGUUCUGUGGUUACUGUGUACAGUUAGUUCUGUUGGUCACUGGCACUGUGUACAUAGUUCUGUUGGAUACUGCACGUGUACAGUAGUUCUGUGGUCACUGUACAGUAGUUCUGUUGGUUAUGGUACAGUAGUUCUGUUGGUCAACUGUUGUACAGUAGUUCUGUUGGUCAUGUGUACAGUAGUUCUGUUGGUUAAUGAGUACAGUAGUUAGUGCGUCACUGCACGUGUACAGAGUUCUGUUGGUUCACUGUGUACAGUAGUUUGUGGUACUGUGACAGUGUUCUGGUUGGUCACUGUGUACAGUAGUUCUGUUGGUCACUGUGUACAGUAGUUCUGUUGGCACUGUGUCACAGUGUUCUGUGGUAAUGUGUACGUAGUUUGUUGGUCACUGUGUAAGUAUAGUUCUGUUGGUCACUGGCCACUGGUACGUAUUCUGGUGGUUACUGUGUAAAGUAGUUAGUUGGUCACUGAUGUACAGUAGGUCUGUUGGUUCACUGUGUUUAAGUAGUUAUGUUGGUCAUGUUGUUUCAGUAGUCUGUGUGGUCACUGUGGUACAGUAGUGCUGUGGUCACGUGUACAGUAGUGCGUUGGUCACGUGUUUCCAGUAGUUCUGUUGGUCACUGGUUUCAGUAGUUCUGUUGGCACGGUGUUUCCAGUAGUUCUGUUGGUCACUGGAUACAGUAGUUGUUGGUCCUGUGUUUCAGUAUUUCUGAUUGGUGCACUUGUAUUCAGUAGUUCUGUUGGUCCAUGUGUACAGUAGUUGGUGGCACGGUCACAUGGGUGUUCAGUAGUUCACUGUGGUAUGAACUGGCCUGGGUGUUGACAGGUAGUUCUGUUGGUCACUGUGUUUCUUAGAGUUAUGGUUGGUCACUUGUACAGUAGUUAUGUUGCGUCAACGCAUGUGCACUGUGUACAGUAGUUAUGUUGGUCACUGGCACUGUGUACAGUAGUUCUGUUGGUCACUGUGUUUCAGUAGUUCUGUUGGUCACUGUGUACAGUAGUUCUGUUGGUCACUGUGUUUCAGUAGUUCUGUUGGUCACUGUGUUUCAGUAGUUCUGUUGGUCACUGUGUUUCAGUAGUUCUGUGGUCAAGGGUACAAGUAGUUCGUGUUGGUCACUGGCACUGUGCUACAGUAGUUCUGUGGUCACGGGCACUGUGCUACAGUAGUUCUGUUGGUCACUGUGUUUCAGUAGUUCUGUUGGUCACUGUGUACAGUAGUUCUGUUGGUCACUGUGUGUCAGUAGUUUGUUGGUUUACUGUGUUUCAGUAGGUUCUGUUGGUCCCACUGGCCUGUGCCUACAGUGUUCUGUUGGCAAUGUGUACAGUAGUUCUGUUGCUCACUGUGUUUCAGGAGUGCUGUGUCCUGUGUUCAGUUAGUUAUGUUGGUCACGUGUGUUUCAGUAGUCUGUGGUCCACUGUGUUUAGAGUAAUUCUGUUGGUCAGUGUUUCAGUAGUUCUGUGGUCACGGUGUUCAGUGUCGUUGGGCACUGUGUACAGUAGUGUUCUGGUUGGUCCACUGUGUUUCAGUAGUUAUGUUGGUCAAAAACUGGUUUUUUGUUACAGUAGUUCUGUUGGUCACUGUGUUUCAGUAGUUCUGUUGGUCACUGUGUUUCAGUAGUUCUGUUGGUCACUGUGUACAGUAGUACUGUUGGGCAUGUGUACAGUAAGUUGUGGUUACUGUGUUCAGUAGUUCUGUUGGUCACUGUGUUUCAGUAGUUAUGUGGUACGUGUUUCAGUAGUCUGUGGUCCUGUGUAAUAGUUAGUUGGUCACUGGCACGGUGUACAUAGUUCUGUUGGUCACUGGCACUGUUACAGAGUCUGUUGGUUGGUUACGUGUAAGUAGUUCUGUUGGUAACUGGUACAGUAGUUCUGUUGGUAACUGUGUCCAGUAGUUAUGUUGGUUACUGUGCUACAUGAUAGGUCGGUUGGUCACGGUGUACAGUAGUUCUGUUGUCAAUGAACAAGGUGAUACAGUAGUUAUGUUGGUUACUGUGAAUACAGUUUAGUUCUGUUGGUUCACUGUGUACACGUAGUUAUGUUGGGCACUGUGUACAGUUUAGUAGUUCUGUUGGGGCACUGUGUCAGUAGUUAUGUUGGGCCACGGUGUACAGUAGUUCUGUGGGCCACGGUGUUACAGUAGUUCUGUUGGUCACUGUGUACAGUAGUUCUGGUGGUCACUGUGUACAGUAGGUUCGUGCGUUACUGUGUACAGUAGUUCUGUGGUCACUGGGUACCAGUAUUCAUCUUCGGUUACUGUGUACAGUGUAGUUCUGUUGGUCAGUGCUACAGUAGUUCUUCUGUUGGUUCCACUGUGUACAGUAGUUAAUUUCUGUUGGUACUGUGAUUACCGUAGUUAGUUGCACUGUGUUUCAGUAGUUCGUUGGUCACUGUGAUUUCAGUACGUUCUGUUGGUCACUGAAUUGUGUUCAGUUAGGAUCUGUAUGGGGCACUGUGUUUCAGUAGUUCGUGAGGUCACUGUGUGUUCACAGAGUUAUGUGGUCACUGGGUUCAGUAGUUCGGUUGGUCAUGUUUUCAGUAGUUCUGUUGGUUAAGCUGUUUUCAGUAGUUAUGUUGGUCACUGUGUUUCAGUUUAGUUAUGUUGGUCCCGGUGUUUCAGUAGUUCUGUUGGGUACGUGUGUACAGAUCGUUCUGUUGGGUUUACUGUGUACAGUAGUUAUGUUGGUUACUGUGUACAGGUUCGUUGGUCACUGUGUAACAGUAGUUCUGUUGGUCAUGGCCACCUGUGUACAGUAGUUUGUUGGUAUGUGUACGAGUGUUAUGUUGGUCACUGGGUACAGUAGUUCUGUGGGCACGUUACAGUAGGUUCUGUUGAGGCACUGUGUUCAGUAGUUCUGUUGGUUCACGGGGACAGUAGUUCUGUUGGUACUGGGUACAGUAGUUCUGUUGUCAAUGUGUAAAAGUAGUUCUGUGGUCACUGGGUUUCAGUAGUCUGUUGGUCACUGUGUUUCGAGUUAGUUAUGUGGUCACUGUUGUUUCAGUAGUUCUGGUUGGUCACUGUGUACAGUAGUUAUGUGGUCACUGGCACUGUGUACAGUAGUUCUGUGGUCCACUGGCAUGGGUACAGUAGUUCUGUUGGUCACGUGUUAGUAGUUCUGUUGGCACUGUGUACAGUAGUUAUGUGGUCACUACUGUGUUUCGUAGUUUUUGGUCAUGUGUUCAGAAGUAGUUCUGUUGGUCACUGUGUUUCAGUAGUUCUGUUGGUCACUGUGUUUCAGUAGUUCUGUUGGUCACUGUGUUUCAGUAGUUCUGUUGGUCACUGUGUUUCAGUAGUUCUGUUGGUCACUGUGUUUCAGUAGUAGUUCUGUGGUGACGUGUGGUUCAGUUAGUUCUGUUGGUUACUGUGUACAGUAGUUCUUGUUGGUUACUGUGUACAAGUAGUCUGUUGGUCACUGUGUUGCAGUCGUUAUGGUGGUCACGGUGUGUCAGUAGUUCUGGUGUUUUUGUACUGUGUUUCAGUAGUUUGUUGGUCACUGUGUUUCAGUAGUUUGUGGGUCACUGUGUUUCAGUAGUUCUGGUUGGUCAAUGUGUUUCAGUAGUACUAUGGUGGUCACUGAUGUUUCAGUAGUUCUGUUGAGGCACUGGGUGUCAGUAGUUCUGUUGGUCACUGUGUUUCAGUAGUUCGUUGGCCUGUGAUAAUAGUUAUGUUGUCACUUUGGCCACUGUGUACAGUAGUUCUGUUGGUCAUGCACUGUGUACAGAGUUAGUUGGUUACGGUACAGUAGUUCUGUUGGUAACUGUGAACAGUAUGUUCUGUUGGUAACUGUGUACAGUAGUUAUGUUGGUUACUGUGUACAGUAGAUUUGGUGGCUCACGUGAGACAGUAGUUCUGUUGGUCAUGGCACUGUGUAAAGUAGUUUCUGUGGUUACUGGUACAGUAGUUCUGUUGGUCACUGUGUUACAGUAUUCUGUUGGGAACUGUGAUAACAGAGUUUGUUGGGGCCCUGUGUACAGUAUAGUUUUUAUUAUGGUUGGGCCUGUUUACAGUUAGUCUGUGGGCACUGUGUUCAGUAGUAGUUCUGUUGGUUCCUGGGGUAUACAGUGUUAUGUGGUUCGGUACUGUGUACAGUAGUUCUGUUGGUCACUGUGUUACAGUAGUUCUGUGGUUACUGUGUACAGUAGUUCUUUGGUUUACUGUGUACAGUAUUUGUUGGUUACUGUGUACAGUAGUUCUGUUGGUAACUGUGUACAGUAGUUCUCUUGGUUACUGUGUACAGUAGUUAUGUUGGUCACUGUGUACAGUAGUUCUGUUGGUCACUGUGUACGUAGUUCUGUUGGUCACUGUGUACAAGUUAGUUCGUUGGUUUUCCACCUUUGGGUUUUUUUUUUUUGGGGUUACAGGGUUUGUUUGGUCACGGUGGUUUCAGUAGUUCUGUGGUAUGUGUUUCAGUAGUCUGUUGUCACUGUGUACAGUAGUUAUGUGGUCAAGGCACUGGUUUCAGUAGUUCUGUGGUUAGCACUGGCAUGUGUUUCAGGAGUUCUGUUGGUCACUGAUCUGUGUUUCAGAGUUCUGUUGGUCACUGUGUUUCAGUAGUUUGUUGGUCACUGAUGUACGUAGUUAUGUUUUGGUCACCUGGCACUGGGACAGUAGUUCUGUGGUCACAGGAACUGUGUACAGUAGUUCUGGUGGUUCCAGCUGUGGUUUCAGUCGUUCUGUUGCGUCACUGUGUACAGUAGUUCUGUUCGUUCACGUGUUUCAGGUAGUUCUGUUGGUUACUGUGGUUUCAGUGUUCUGUGGGUCACUGGCACUGGUGUACAGUUAGUUCUGUUGGUUACUGUGUACAGUAGUUCUGUUGGUCACUUGUGUACAGUAGGUUCAUCGUUGGUCACUGUGUUUCAGUAGUUCGGUGGUACUGGUUUAAGUAGUUCUGUUGGUCACGUGUUUCAGUAGUUCUGUUGGUCAUGUGUACAGUACGUUGCUGGUUGGUCACUGUGUUUUCAGUAGUUCUGGUGGUAACGGUAGUUUCAGUAGUUCUGUGGUUCAAGGUGUCAGUCAGUUUGUUGGGUCACGUGAAAGUAGUUUGUUGGUAACGUGUUUCAGUAGUUCUGUUGGUCACGUGUUUCAGUAGUUCGUUGGUCACUGUGUUUAGGAGUUCUGUAUGGUCAAUGUGUUUCAGUAUUUCUGUUGGUCCCUGUGUUUCAGUAUUCUGUUGCGUCACUGUGUGUCAGUAUAGUUCUGUUGGCACUGUGUACAGUAGUUCUGUGGUCACUGUGAUACAGUAGUUAUGUAUGCGUCACUGUGUUCAGUAGUUAGUUGGCACUGUGUUUCAGUAGUUCUGUUGGUAACUGGGUUCAGUAGUUUGUUGUCACUGUGUUUUCAGUAGUUCUGUUGGUUCACAUGUGUUUCAGUGAGUUCUGUUGGUCUGGUUUCAGUAGUUCUGUUGGUCAUGUGUACAGUAGUUUGUUGGUAACGUCAUGUUUCAGUAGUUCUGUUGGUCAAUGGGGGCACUGGUGUUGCAGUAGUUGUCGGUACUGUGUUUCAGUAGUUUGUUGGUCACUGUGUUCAGUAGUUCUGGGUCAUGUGUACAGUAGUUCGGUAGGGCACUGUGUCAGAGUUAUGUUGGGCACUGUUUCAGAGUUCUGUUGGUCACUGUGUUUCAGUAGUUAGGUUGGUCAUGUGUUUCCAGUAGUCUGUGGUCACUGUGUUUCAGUGUUUCUAUGGGCACUGGUUCAGUAUUUCUGUUGGAAUGUGUUUCAGUAGUUCUGUGUUGGUCACUGUUGUACAGUAGUUCGUGGCUGCUGUUUCAGUAGUUCUGUGGGUCCUGGUGUACAGUAGUCGUUGGUCACGUGUUUCAGUAGUUCUGUUGGUCACUGUGUUUCAGUAGUUCUGUUGGUCACUGUGUUUCAGUAGUUCUGUUGGUCACUGUGUUUCAGUAGUUCUGUUGGUCACUGUGUACAGUAGUUCUGUUGGUCACUGUGGUUUCAGUUGUUCUGUUGGUCACUGUGUUUCAGUUAGUCUGUUGGGCACUGGUUUCAGUAGUUCUGUUGGUCACUGUGUACAGUGUUCUGUUGUCACGUGUUCAGUAGUUCUGUGUCACUGUGUACAGUAGUCUGUUGGGUACUGGUUUCAGUAGUUCUUUUGUUCACUGUGUUUCAGUAGUAGUUCUGUGUACUGUUUCAGUAGUUCAGUUGGUAACUGUGUUUCAGUAGUUAGCUUUGGUCACUGUGUUCAUAGUUCUGUUGGUAAACUUGUACAGUAGUUCUGUGGUCCACGUUUCAGUAGUUUUGGCACUGUGUUUCAGCUAGUUCUGUGGUCACUGGUUUCGAGUUAUGUUGGGACAUGUGUUUCACAGUCGUUCUGUUGGGCACUGUGUUUCAGUAGUUCUGUGAAGGUUGUUUAGAUCCAGCCACUCAAAGGGAAUAUGGAGUCGCCUCGUUUCCACAUGGUCACUGCAGUGCUGCAGAGAUACACACUAUGUUGCUCAGUUAGUGUAUGACUGUCUGUGUGUGAUUCAACUCUGAUGCUCACUCUUCUAUGCUGAGAAACGUCAUUCCUAUUUAGCGUUUGUUCAUACCAUAAUUAUUUGUAAUGUGGAUGCAAUCAACAGUUAAAACCACUUGUCACACAAUGCAACAUUCUCAAUCUCAUACAAUCAAUAGAGGAGGUCCAUAAAGAUGGCCGCCCCGAUGUACUUACCACUAAUGCCUUGUUGGCUCAGUUCUCCGUAUUGUACGUUGCUCUCCGUUCCUCGGCAUCACAGUAUACAUGAUCUCAGUUCUAGCUCCAAGACACUGCCAAUUUUGAAAAACCCCAAAAGUAGAUUGUGCUGAUCUAUUGGCACAUUGAACCACGUCACGUGCCGUAGUUUAAAAACGGUAGGUAGUGCUAAAACAAUGACGUCAUAUCUGAAUUCCGACAACUUUAUGCACAAUUUUGCCAUUUGUUCCAGUCAUCUAUCUGAAAAGACUGUGAUGUACGAUAUGCUUAGCAUCCAGCAUAUAGCUGCCUAGACCACAUCAGCCCGUCUAGAAAUGUUGCUUUCACUGUGCCGUGAGUGUAAAUGUGUUCCCCUCCCUCCCUCCCCCUCCCUCCCUCCUGAACUCCAACUCCCAGAGUGCAGUUCCUUCUCACCUCCUGCGACCGUCAUCCUCCUCAUCCUCCUGUGCUUUGAGGCCCUCCUCUUCCUCCUCUUCACCUCCGUGAUGUUCGGGACUCAGGUCCAUUCCAUCUGUACAGAUGAGACGGUAAGCAGUAGACCACCAUGCUCCUCUCUCCUGUGUUUCACCUCCUCUUCAUCAGACCUGGAUUAAAUACGUAAUGUUAUGUCAAAUGCUUUAGGUGUGCUUUAUUUAGCUUGACUGAUGUGCAGUGUGGAGUUUGCACUCAUGACUAUUCCAUUGGCAUUUCAGCUGGGUCUAUUACAUUGGACAGGCUAACUUAAUCAAGUGCACCUCAAGUAUUUGACCUGUGUAUUUAAGCCUAGUCUGCUCCCCACUGCUGUUGCUUUGGUGCUUAUCUACUGUAUGUAUGACCUAUGAACCUUAACCUCUCUACAACAGCUUACCCUCAAAGAGGUGAAUCCAAACUUCCACUUCGUAAAAUGUUCACUUAGUCUCCUGAAAAUUGGACUUAAGUGGAAGUUAGUGUCUGAGAGUGUGUAUAUAAAAGGCUCUGCUUGUAGUUGGAUCAUCUCCUCGUGGGAGUUAUGAGUCUAGUCUUGUUUCUACAGUAACAGUGAUUUUCCUAUAUAAAGGAAAUCUUCAACUUGAAACUUGAACAUGAAAUUCAGCCAAGGCUUGCUGACGCUCUGUUGAGUUUACUGUCAGCAAGUAUGAAGAAACGUGUCCAUGUAUCUGUGUGAGAGGAUCAGUUUCCUCUUGUACCAUCAUAAACCAUGUAGUGAGUAGACUGUAGAUCUCUCUGUGUGUUCUUCUAUGUAUGUGCUUUAAAACUCUUAACUAAACUAACUCUGCUUUCUUGCUCUAAUAUCUUUUUGUCUGCAACUUCAGGCCUGAUUGUGUAGUUAGGGCUGGGUUGGCUAGUUAGGGCUAGGUUGGGUAGUUAGGGCUAGGUUGGGUAGUUAGGGCUAGGUUGGCUAGUUAGGGCUAGGUUGGCUAGUUAGGGCUAGUUUAAGGGGCUAGUUGGCUAGUUUUAGGGCUAGUUGGCUAGUUGGGCUAGGUUGGCUAGUUAGGCUAGUUGGAGGUUAUGGCUAGUUAGGGCUAGUUGGGCUAGUUGGCUAGUUAGGGCUAGUUAGGGCUAGGUUGGCUAGUUAGGGCUAGGUUGGCUAGUUAGGGCUAGGUUGGCUAGUUAGGGCUAGGUUGGCUAGUUAGGGCUAGGUUGGCUAGUUAGGGCUAGGUUGGCUAGUUAGGGCUAGGUUGGCUAGUUAGGGCUAGUUAGGGCUAGGUUGGCUUGUUAGGGCUAGGUUGGCUAGUUAGGGCUAGGUUACAUAGUUAAGGCUAGGUUGUAUUCCUAGAAAUAGACAACAUUUCUAUGGCUGUAUUCUCUCUCAUGGAGCCUCAGAAGUGGGGAAUUAUGUUCAUUAGACCUCAGUAUACAGUGUAUUGACAUUUAGUCAAUACAGUGCAUUCGGAAAGUGUUCAGACCCCUUGACUUUUUCAUUACAUUACAGCCUUAUUCUACAAUGGAUUAAAUUAUUUGUUUUCCUCAUAAAAAAACCCACCAACAGAAAUACCUUAUUUACAUAAGUAUUCAGACCCUUUGCUAUGAGCCUCGAAAUUGAGCUCAGGUGCAUCCUGUUUCCAUUGAACAUCCUUGAGAUGUUUCUACAACUUGAUUGGAGUCCACCUGUGGUAAAAUCAAUCGCUUGGACAUGAUUUGGAAAGGCACACACCUGUCUAUAUAAGGUCCCACAGUUGACAGUGCAUGUCAGAGCAAAAACCAAGCCACGAGGUCGAAGGAAUUGUCCGUAGAGCUCCGAGACAGGAUUGUUUCGAGGCACAGAUCUGGGGAAGGGUACAAAAACUUUUCUGCAGCAUUGAAGGUCCCCAAGAACACAGUGGCCUCCAUCAUUCUUAAAUGGAAGAAGUUUGGAACCACCAAUACUCUUCCUAGAGCUGGCCGCCCAGCCAAACUGAGUAAUCGGGGGAGAAGGGCCUUGGUCAGGGAGGUGACCAAGAACCCAAUGGUCACUGACAGAGCUCCAGAGUUCCUCUGUGGAGAUGGGACAACCUUCCAGAAGGACAACCAUCUCUGCAGGACUCCACCAAUCAGGCCUGUAUGGUAGAGUGGCCAGACGGAAGCCACUCCUCAGUAAAAGGCACAUGACAGCCCACUUGGCGUUUCCCAAAAGGCACCUAAAGACUCUCAGUCCAUGAGAAAAAAGAUUCUCUGGUCUGAUGAAACAAAGAUUGAACUCUUUGGCCUAAAUGCCAAGCGUCACGUCUGGAGGAAACCUGGCACCAUCCCUACGGUGAAGCAUGGUGGUGGCAGCAUCAUGCUGUGGGGAUGUUUUUCAGCGGUAGGGACUGGGAGACGAGUCAGGAUCGAGGGAAAGAUGAACGGAGCAAAGUACAGAGAUCCUUGAUGAAAACCUGUUCCAGAGCGCUCAGGACCUCAGACUGGGGCGAAGGUUCACCUUCCAACAGGACAACGACCCUAAGCACACAGCCAAGACAACGCAGGAGUGGCUUCGGGACAAGUCUCUGAAUGUCCUUGAGUGGCCCAGCCAGAGCCCGGACUUGAACCCGAUCCAACAUCUCUGGAGAGACCUGAAGAUAGCUGUGCAGCGACGCUCCCCAUCCAACCUGACAGAGCUUGAGAGGAUCUGCAGAGAAGAAUGGGAGAAACUCCCCAAAUACAGGUGUGCCAAGCUUGUAGUGUGAUACCCAAGAAGACUCGAGGGUGGAAUCGCUGCCAAAGGUGCUUCAACAAAGUACUGAGUAAAGGGUCUGAAUACUUAUGUGAAUGUGAAAUUUCAGUUUUUAUUUUAUUUAUUUAUUGGGGAGAAAAUUCUAAAAACCAGUUUUUGCUUUGUCAUUAUGGGGUAUUGUGUGUAGAUUGAUGAGGAAAAAAACAAUUUAAUUAAUUUUAGAAUAACGCUGUAACGUAACAAAAUGUGGAAAAGUUAAGGGGUCUGAAUGCUUUCCGUUAGUCUAUGGACAUUUAGUCAACACAUUAGUCUAUGGACAUUUAGUCAGUACAUUAGUCUAUGGACAUUUAGUCAGUACAUUAGUCUAUGGACAUUUAGUCAACACAUUAGUCUAUGGACAUUUAGUCAGUACAUUAGUCUAUGGACAUUUAGUCAGCACAUUAGUCUAUGGACAUUUAGUCUGUUGUCUGUGCUCAGGUAGUCAUAGCUUAAGCCACGUCCUGACUUUAGAGUGAAAGAGGUUUUAAAUCAAAAGGAAAAAUCAAAGGGUGUCCUGUGAUUCGUCAGUUAUUAUAAUGACAGUCAGGGAGGAAGUAGUUUGGAUUGGUUCACAGUACACACACAUUACACUGAAGUUUGGUUGUCUCUCGUUUUCAGGGCAUAGAACAGUUGAAAAAGGAGGAGAGAAGAUGGGCAAAAAAAACUAAGUGGAUGAACAUGAAGGCGGUAUUUGGACACCCCUUCUCCAUGUUCUGGUUUAUCCCGUUGACCCGAUCUGGGAGGGCCCAUGGGAAGGCUGAAUCCUACCAGUAUGUGGUCUGAGCUUAGCCACCCGGGGGGAAGCAGACUCUGAGACAGAGGUGUUAACACCGCUCCAUCCCUCCACCACCUCACCCUGACUCUCCUCCCCAGCACUCCUUCACAAUGCUGAACCGGAUUGGAAUCCCUCUAACUCUGAACAAUUUAUCGAUCGUGCUUUUUAAAUUGCCACAUUUUGUUUUUUGUUUUUAUGUUGCUUGGGAACAAAAGUGAAGUGGAGUUGCAGAGAAAAAUAUAUAUUCUAAAACUUUCAAACUUGUUUUAACUCUUAUGAAUGUUGUUGAUUUGUUUUGUUUUUCUGAAUCACUUUUCCCUCCGUCUCUCUCCCCUCUGUGUCUCUCCUCUCUCCCCUCCGUCUCUCUCCCCUCCGUCUCUCUCCCCUCCGUCUCUCUCCCCCUCCGUCUCUCUCCCCUCCGUCUCUCUCCCCUCCGUCUCUCUCCCCUCCGUCUCUCUCCCCUCCGUCUCUCUCCCCUCCGUCUCUCUCCCCUCCGUCUCUCUCCCCUCCGUGUCUCUCUACCCCUCUGUUCUAAUCUCCCCCUCCGUCUCUUCCCCUCCGUCUCUCUCCCUCCGUCUCUCCUCCCCUCGUUAUUCUCUCCCCUCAGUCUCUCUCCCCUCCGUCUCUCUUCCCUCGUCUCUCUCCCCUCAGUUUGUCGCUAUCUCUCCCCUCGCUAUCCCCCGCCGUCUCUCUCCCUACGUCUCUCUCCCUCAGUUCUCUCCUCCGUCUCUCUCCCCUCCGUAUCUUUCGUCUCUCCCUCCGAGUCUCUCCUCUCUCCUCUGUGUAUCUCCCCUACGGUCCUCAUCUCUCCCAUCCGUUCUCCCUCUGUUCCUCCUGCUUCUCCCCUCUGGAGUCCCCUCUGUUCUAUCCUCUCUCCCUCCUGUCUACCAUCUGUGUCUUCCUCCUCCCUCGUUGUUCCCCUCUGUUCUCUCCUCUCUCCCCUCUGGUGUAUCCCCUCUGUUUCUACCUUCUCCACUACGUUGUCUCCCCUAUGGUCUCUCCUCUCUCCCUCCGCUUUCUGUCUCCCCUUGUUUCUCCUCUCUUCCAACUCUGUUCUCUCAUAUAUCCCCUCCUGUGUCUCUGUCUAUCCCCCCCCCCACCUACACCGCCCCCCCCCCAUGGCCGCACACCUACCUCCCCAGUUUCAGCUUGAGUGACAGUUUGUAGGAGUGGGCAUAAUAGCACCAAAAAAAGACUGGCCACUCAGGCUACCUUCCGUCCUCCUGUCAGUCAAAACUAAAACCCCCUCCCUCCUGCCUUGUGAUUCUUCUCUGAUGACAGACGACAAGCACAGGGAACACAUAUUGUCUUUUCCAAUAGCUGUACAGUUGACCGUUGAGAGGCUUUUAAAAAGCCAGGUUGGAAGUAUAGGUGUUGAGGAUCCAGUAGGUUAGCCAUCUGUUACUUUGUUAAAACACUCAUAUUUUCUGUGUGUUAUAAAGAAAGUUAAAGUUACAGCAGAUCAUUGCCGCCCCUUCAAGUUUAUUCCUUCUUUAGGAACAAGAAAAACAUGGAGUUGUUUCAGAAUAUUUCAUGUGUGAAAGUUGCCGGUAACUCAUUAUCCUGCUUUCUAGUUUUCUAUGUGUGCCAAAUUCAGCAUAUUUCUCAAUCACCCAAGCACUUGAAAAAUACGAUUUGUAUUCUGUAGUUUCUCCAGAAUAUACGUUUUAUGUUGGAAUUAAACUUAAUUUUGAGUUAUUCAGGAGACGUGGAAACCAGAGGGAAGUAGUGGUUCACAAAAUUAACUUAACAGUUUCAAAUAUAUUUUGCAAAGUAAAAUUCUAAAAUAUUAACCAACAAAACUGAUUAUGCAGUAGUAGUUCUACUUGAAUAUCAACAUCAAAAUAUGUCAAGCUGGUUACACAUCAUGAGUCAUGACAAAUAUGCACUUUUCCUGAGAUGUAUCUAUCAGUGGAGUUUAUAAAGUUUUACUUUCUCUUGUGUGAUCUUUUGUAUGCUUGAAAAAAAACUGUAGGUAGUAAAAAAACUCCAGGCUAAUCGGUUUCCCAGACACAGAUUAAGCCUGGACUAAACAUCUCUUUCAAUCUCUGUUGAUAAUGGAUUGUUCUUCUCCUGCAUCUUUCUUUACUUUCUGUUUUAUUCUGUUUUAGUUUGAAUGGAUGGUUGUUGAGUAGCACUGUAACCUAACUGAGGAUGCAUCCCAAAAUGGCACCCUAUUCCCUAUAUAGUGCACUACUUAUGACUAUGCCCUAUGGGCCCUGGUCUAAAGUAGUGCACUAUAUAGGGAUAGGCGGCAGGUAUCUUAGUUGGUUAAGAGCGUUGUGCCAGUAACCGAAAGGUCGCUGGUUCUAAUCCCCGAGCCGACUAGGUGAAAAAUCUGUCGAUGUGCCCUUGAGCAAGGCACUUAACCCUAAUUGCUGCCUGUAAGUCGCUCUGGAUAAGAGCGUCUGCUAAAUGACUAAAAAUGUAAAUGUAAUAGGGUGCCAUUUGGGAUUCGACCUGACACUGCUUGCGGCGCAUGUCUUGCCUGUGAACAAGCUAGUGAAGACCUAACACAGAUGGUUCUUUUUUUUUUUUUUUUUUUUUACUGACUGUUACGGAUAAUUUUUCAACACUGACGCAGAGAAAUAAUAAAUAUUUCCGAUUUGUUUAAUAACGCUGUUAUUUUUUCAUGUCCAUAUUAAUGAUCUUUCUCCAAGGAACUGUUAUAUCGUGUCAUUGCAUGGGUGUUUGGUAUGCAUGCACCUACAGUGCCUUGCAAAGUAUUCACCCCUAUUUUGUUGCCAUUACAACCUGUAAUUUAAAUGGAUUUUUUAUUGGAUUCAUGUAAUGGACAUACACAAAAUAGUUCCAAAUUGGUGAAGUGGACAAGGAAAAAAAUGUUUUACUGGAAAAGUGGUGCUGCAUAUGUAUACCUUUUGUAUGAAGCCCCUAAAUAAAAGAUCUGGUCAACCAAUUACCUUCAGAAGUCCACAUAAUUAGUUAAAUAAAUUCCCUUAAGUGUCCAUGAUCGUCCCUGAUCUCAGUGUAUAUAUAUACACCUGUUUUGAAAGGCCACAGAGCUGCAACACCACUAAGCAAGGGACCACCAAGCAAGCCGGCACCAUGAGACCAAGCGAGCUCUCCAACAGAUCAGGAACAAAGGGUGGUGAAUACAAUCCGGUUGGGUUAUAAAAUAUAUCUGAUACUUUUGAACAUGGAAAGAAUAUGGAACACAACAAACCUGCCAAGAGAGGGCCACCCACCAAAAACCCACGGACCAGGCAAGGAGGGCAUUAAUCAGAGAGGCCAACAAAGAGACCAAAGAAAGAUAACCCUGAAGGAGCUGCAAUGCAAAGCUUCACAGCGGAGAGUGGAGUAUCUGUACAAGUACCACCUUAAGCGUACACUCCACAGAGCUGGGCUUUACGGAAGAAUUUGCCAGGAAAAAAAGCCUUGCUAAGAAAAAAAAAUAAGCAAACACAUUGGUGUUCGCCAAAAGGCACUGUGGGAGAUCCCCCAACAUACGGAAGAAGCUUUUUGGCCAUCAAGAAAACGCUGUCGGGGCAAAAAACCAACACCGCUCAUCACCCCGAGGAACACCAUCCCCACAGUGAAGCAUGGUGGUGGCCAGCAUCAUGCUGUGGGAUGUUUUAUCGGCAGGGAAUGUUGAAACUGGUCAGAAUGGAAGGAAGGAGGGAUGGCAUAAAUACGGGAAAAAAUUCUUGAGGGAAAACCUGUUUCCAGUCUUCCAGAGAUUUGAGGACUGGGACGGGGUUCAAACCUUCCAGCAGGACAAUGACCCUAAGCACACUGCGAAAGCAACCCUUGAGUGCUUAAGGGCAACAUUGAAAUCUUGGAAUGGCCUAGUCAAUGGCCAGGACCUCAAUCCAAUUGAGGAAUCUGUGGUAUGACUUCAAGAUGCUUUACUCCCGCGGAAACCCAUCCAACUUGAAGGGCUGGAGGAGUUUUGCCUUGAAGAAUGGGCAAAAAUCCAGUGGGCUAGAUGUGCCAAGCUUAUAGAGGCAUACCCCAAGAGACUGCAGUGUUAAUUGUGCAAAAGGGGAUUACAAAGUAUUGCCUUGGGGGGGGGGGUGGGAAUAGUUAUGCAUGCUCAAGUUUUCAGUUUUUCUUAUUUCUUGUUUGUUUCACAAGAAAAAUUAUUUGCAUCUUCAAAGCGGUAGGCAGGUGUGUAAAUAAAAGGAUCAAACCCCCCAAAAAAUCAGUUUUAAUCCAAGUUGUAAGGCAAGACAACAUAGUAAAAAUGCCAAGGGGAGUGAAUACUUCGCAAUCCACUGUCUAUCUAUCCUCACUCGGCAUUGGGGGGGACUUGGUUAAUGAUUGUGUCUAAUACCACUUCUAGUGAGCUGUUAAAUGUCUCUUCUGGACCUUGAGGCUGUCAGACUUGCGGCUAUCUGAAUGGUAGGGAUGGAGGAAGCCUGCAACAGACGAAUGGAGGCAAUUACAGUUUUGUCGUGCUUGUACACACUUAACGUUACUGUGGGAUGAAUGAGUUCCAUGAAACAAAAAAGAUCCAUGCAUGUGUGUUAUGAAUGUUUCAAUUGUCUCCUGGUCCUUAUAGGUUUUAUUGUUUAAGACCACGGGAUGCAUGGAUGUCUUUUAUUGACAUAAUUCGCCUGGAGUCGUCACUGCAGUGUUUGUGCCAACUUCACCAAACAUAGAUGUAUGUUCAUUGCAGGUUGUUGUGCCAACUCUCACAAAACAUAGGAGCUGUUCACUGCAGUGUUUUGUGCCAAACUUCACCAACAAUGGAGUCUGUUACUGCAGUGUUGGUGCCAACUCACCAACACAUAGAGUCUGUGUUCACUGCAGUGUUUUUGCCAACUUCACAAACACAUAGGAAAAGACCACACUGUCAGGUCAGGCCUUCUCAGAAUAUUAUGGCCUGGUUCCACACCCACGGAUUUCCAUUGAGCCUGCAUGUUAGUCAAGAGGGGUUCACUGGGUUCAGGGAAAAGGAAAACCAUUUUCACUUUCUCUCCAUUGAAACCAAUGCAUGACUAAGUGAACAAUUUUGACCCCUAAAUGAUUAUUAAAGUUUGAUUCAGUCCCUCUGUCUAAGCUCACUGUGUUCUCUCUCUCUGUCCAGGGCAUCGAGCGUCUGAAGGGGGGAGCAGGCAGGUGGGCAGAAAGACUCAUGCUGGGAGGCCAUGAAGUCAGUGUUUGGAGGGCCCUUCUCCAUAUGGCUCAGCCCCUUCUCUGACCUUCCAGUGUAAGAGGGAUCCCAAUGCCCACGUGGUGUGCAAACAGGGGAAGAUCAUCGAGGAGGAGUUCAUAGAGAUACCACUGGUC